AUGGCUCAAUCUACUCCUUCUCACGACUUGCGCCAGGCUGGUACUGCCGCGAAACGGACCUAUAACCACAAGGCUAAAUGGGCGCAUGGAGGCCGCACUGCUCGAAGCAGCAAUGACCCUCUUGCAGGCGCAGCCCCUAUAACGCGCCCUGCAAAGCCUCUCUUCACUCACUCCGCGAUCCGACACGAACGAACCCGGAGUACUAACCACCUCUCCUCCGCUGCCAAGUUCGACUUGCGAAAGGAUGUCCGGGAGGCGCUCGACCUGGGCCCUUCCGAUUCCUCUGGGGUAGAGGAUUGUGACGACAUCUCCGCCACCGUUCGCAUUGUGGAUGACUUCCAGGGGGAGGACUGUGCCGUUCAUCUCUACGAGGCGUCGGGCCAGAUGAUCUUCAAGGAUGUGGUCAACAAGGCCGUCGAGAAGUUCGAGACCAAGGAGACGGAGAAGCUGGUCAAGGAGUACGAGAUCAUCACUCAUGAGAGCGAGAUGGCUAUGGGCUACCUUGCAGAUGAGGAUGAUUUCGAACUGGUGGACCACAUUCACCUGUGA